ACUGUCUACCCGAAGAGGGGAUUACCGAAGUGAGAAGUGAAGUCAGAAGACUCAUUUUUGUAAAACACGCACCACUUUAGCUCCCACAUUGAAAUUUUUAUACACACAUGAGCAAAGAAGAUAGAUAUCAGGCGAUUGUCCAAAUGUCGUCGAGACUAUUGCAGUUUGAAGAGUUGUACUCGAGGAUGGUAUAUCAGUUGAAUAAAGAGCAAAAGGAUGAACUGUCAACGAGAGAAGGACAGCGUUGGUCAUUCACGGUGAACUCUCUUCUCAGUUCGUGCGUCCUCGAAGAAGAAAAACUUUUGCAGUCUCUCAUAAGGGCGAUCGACGACGAGAUCGUUCAAUCUAUUCAGGUGAAAAGCGUGAAGCGGAAGAAGAAGAAAUCAAUGCAAAAUUCGAUAUUUGAUUCUCUUCUGAACGUCGAGUCGAUCGCAGUUGGUUCUCCAGCUGUAGCAUACAUCAACGGAACCUGGAUCAUGGUGAAAGUAAUGCAAAUCGACAAUGGAAUAUAUCCAACCCAGUCCUUCGCCAAGCACAAUCCUUCACUUCACCUACACCGUGAUUGACGGCGAGGAGAACCUCGAGAAUCCGCAGGAGUUCUGCGUGGACUAUAAGCACAUCAUCAACUACCCUCUCUCCUAUUCCCAGGCGAACUUCACCGCCAACGACUUCGCUCU